AUGACGAGAUGCUUGCAGAAAGCGACGCCGACGGCGAAGAUGGAGAUAUGCAACUAUUUGAAGACUCAGCUUCGGAGCCGGAGGAACACCGAGACGAUGGAACGUUUUAAUGGGGAUCACGAUUACGCUCCUGGUUCUGGAGAGGAUAGCGACAGCGAAAGUGAAACGGAAGAAGUUGAGGGUGACGAAAAUGGGAAUGUACAAGAAAGCGAAGAAGCUCUCGACUCAACAGGUUUGUGGUACGAAGAUGUAAAACCGAUGCGGGUUUUUGGUUUCGAUGGUAGCAAGUCAGGCCCGGCAAACGUCGACGCAAAUACUUCUCGUUUGGACGUAUUCAAGAAAAUGUUCACUGAAGAUAUAUUUGAUAUGUUAGUAACGUCUACUAUAUCUACGGAAAAAAACUUAUGCGAAUCCAAUAGACCUUCUAUUAGGCACAGACGUAUGCUGAAUUGUCGAGAACUGACAAAACAGAAAUGUCUAAAUUUUUGGGUAUUGCAUACUACAGGCCCAAAUAAAGGAGCCCAGUAUAAGACAUAUGUUCAGCGCAGCAGCUGCUUGUACUAUCAUCCGAUAUUUUCUUAUUCUAUGUCUGGGCGUCGCUUUGAACAAUUGCUAAGAUGCUUUAGUUGCUACGAGAACGCAGACACAGAUAAAGAUGCGAAGAAGAACAAGUUGGAAAAAGUUUCUGGUUUAGUCAAUUUAGAGAGAUAUAUAAAAGAGAUCUAUCUACAGUCUAAAACUCAAAUAUUCUAUUUAAAUCAUUGA